UUCAACUCAUUUUGACAGGUACCUUUGCAAUGGGUCGGCCUUGACCGCUUCUAAUCACAGAGAAGAGAAUCGAAGCAUUUAGUGAUAGACUUAGUCAAGAUACCUCAUAUUCGAAGCCUUUUCAAACAUGCAUAUAUACCUACCCGCGAGGCCGGUGAUGGGUACAGUAUCAUAGGUUGGUACAUGUACCUUCUUGGCAUGUGGUAGGGUCGCAUGUGAAAAUCGCUUAUCUAUCGCCAUCUCGAACCACAUCACCUUUUACAUACAAAUACAUAGAGAGAGGUGGGCCUCGUGGUUGAAACAGUGGUCAUGCAGCAAUAACUACCUAGGUAUUGCAUAGUGGACGCCAAUAAUCCCGACAUACGGUAACAUGAGGACCUACCUAAGGGACCUAGGAACCUUGCAUUGAAUAUAUCUUCCCUGACACCCCCGUCCUCGGUGGACAUUGGUGCAUAUGAGGUACCUACCUAAGUAAACGUUAACUCCAGCCCGGAUUUUGUACAAAGGAAUCAACCUGGACAUAGAAUCCUCAACAUUAUAGAGUCCGAGAAGGUAAAGACGGGGGAGAGGCAGAUAGGCACUAUGAUGGAGCAGAAUAUGUCCAUAAUAGUAUUCAACAUGCUACCGACGUCAGUCCAGUCCCGAUUACCGACCCUCCAGUCGUUCCGUCGGUCUGCAAGCCGUCCUACCUUUCCCCCUCGGCGACGUUCUAUAACAUCUCAGGACGAUAUAGAACCCGUAGCCAUCGCGAGAAGAGAUGAGAAUGCAGUUGUUGAAUUACAAGCAUGCGCCACGGCAGCAGAUGUCGCCGACGGCCGUGUUAUAAAUGCGAGCUCAGGUGUGAAGUGGAGGUAUGCCAGGCAAGGCUCUUUUUUGCAGCAGUCGGCUUCCCAAGAAACGGCAGACCUAACGUUUGCGAGGAAAUCGUAUAUCGACGGCGUUGCAUAUAUGCUUAAGGCCCUCCCAGACGACAUGGACGAGUACGAAGCUAGUAUCAUUCAUCGAGCACUACCGAAGUCAUGCGCGCAGUUAGACAUGAAUGGUCAGAUCAAGGGCGAUUUAGGUAGAUCUAGUUGGCGGCCAUCUGACAGAGCAAAGACGUUUCUACACUCGGCGGUUCAAGGAUUCGUUACAGGCCUUGUUAUAUUUCUCUACUUACUCUUGUCCUUCUUUGCAAUUGUCAUCCGCGCCGGGGCAUACUACGAGCGCCAAUACAACAUCUCACAGCAUAUCAUCUCUAGUAGCUUCGUUUUCGCCACUACCGUUGGGAAGCAGAGCGGAGUUUUAAGCGAGAAGAUCUCCGCUAUAAGCGAAGGUAAACUUGGGAAGGCAAUGUCUGAGCUUGCCGCUUGGACUAUAGAGAGUGUUGCUGGAGGCGUUCAAGACGGCAUUGGACAGGGUCUACAAUUGAUCGAGCAGAGACAAAAAUGAGACAUGAUAUAACGGUUCUUUGCAUUGCUUAAUGGCUAGGCAUGGCGUACGUAUAGGAGAUAGAGUGAGCUUUUCUCCUCUUUGUUUGGCAUUAUAGAAUCCGCAUAUAAUUGCAUUAGAAAUACGGGGAUAGAUCUAGUUAGACAACGGGUUAGGUAGUUAAGAUAUUCGCGAAACUACUCUUCACUCGA